AUGAAGAAAACUUCUAAAAGACGCGUUUUAGCAAGCGUUGUACACUGCCAAACAUUGUAUGCAGCGCCGGCAUGGCAUACAGCUAUUACAAGUCAGAAUAGAUUGGCGAAACUAAGGAGAAUACAGAGGGCUUUGUGCAUUAGAGUUUGCAGCGCCUACCGAACUAUAUCAGGGGAGGGUGCUGGUGUUAUUGCCGGAAUUCCUCCGAUUGUUCUCCUGAUGCAAAAGAGGUAUGAAGUCUACAACGGAUCGACAAAAAACGAAACCAGAGCACAACUUAUGGAAAUAUUGCAGGAAAAAUGGACAGGCGGAAGGCAUGGAAGGUGGACAUUUACACUCAUUCCGAAACUGCUAAAAUGGAUAACGCGAUCUUAUGAUGAGGUCGAUUACUAUAUCACCCAAAUAUUAUCGGGGCACGUUGCUGGUGAAAGUUUUUUUAGUUGGUAG